CAAUGGGAAUGGGAUAGGCCUAUUCCUGCAGCCAAUGGGUCCAUGACUCCAUGGAGGGUGAUUAUAAUUUAUAUGAGGUGGUAGAACAACCUGCGCAAGGCACCACAGAGAGGAUUGACGGGUCCAUCAUUGCAAAUUUACAAGCAAAAGAUAACUUCCAUGUGCUAUAUCAGGCUAUCAGCCAUACAGAUGCGAUCCACACUACCAUCAUUUAAUGUUUGUCAAUAUUUGAAAGAAAGGACCCUGCUAGACCGUACCCUCUCCUGCAUGGUGUGUUGUUGAAAACAAAAUCUGUUUCCAAAACAGUGGAGUUGGAGUACGAAUUUGGUGCAAAGUCAUGGCAAUAGGCCCCGCUUGCCAACUCAGUAUAGGAUUGAUGCAGAUGUAUGGGAGGUGGGAAUUGGGAAUGGCCCACAAGAUCGGCGGUGUUUGUCAUUUGGCCUGGGCCCUGGACACAGACGUUGCUUGCUUGCUUCUGCGUGCAAAACUCUUCUUUCUUUGUUUGGUUUCUGUACUGCAUUUUUUGAACCUCGCUCAAGAAAUCAAUGUAGAAACUGCUCGCCGCUCACACCCUCCGACUCCUUCAUGCGGUGUAUAUGUCUCUGAAGAGCUGUGCUUCAACUGUUACUGACAAAACCCACCAACCCUCACCCUUGCCAGCAUGGGCUGGGCCUCUUUCUAGUUUCUACUACUAUGUUAAAUGCCUGCAAUGCUAACCUCUAACUCCACCUGCUUCAUCUUUUGCUUGCUGCCACUACUACUACUGUCUUUCCUUGCACGCCCUGCUCCUGACAAAUUCACCAACUCCCCCUUUCCUCCUUAAUUAAUGCUCUACUCUACCAUCUAUCCAUCUACAUUUCGUCUUAAUUCCUUCAUUUUCUGCCUCUCUUUGUGUUGGAGUGCUGUGCUUCCCUGUUAUCGUCUUGGUUUUGUGAAGCUGAUGGCCGGCGCCAUGCUUUCCUCCGGCCCUCAUUAUCAUAGUUAAUUUGGGUGCUUCUCUGUUAUCUGCAAAAGCCCAUCUUCUGAUUUCCAAAUCGAUAACUUACCUAUUCAGAGUACUGACUGAAACUCCAACAAUCUUUGAAAUGGCUUCUUCUCCAAGUUGGUCCAAGCUCAGGUUGUUCUUGAUGAUGUUGCUGUAUUCUUUAGACCUGAAUGCAGAAGCCUCAGAAUUGCAGGCAUUGCUCAACUUUAAAACUGGUCUUAGAAACGCAGAAGGGAUUGCAGAUUGGGGCAAGCAGUCAUCACCCUGUGCUUGGACAGGGAUUACUUGCAGAAAUGGCAGUGUUGUUGCUCUUUCUUUGCCUCGUUUUGGUCUGCAAGGGAUGCUUUCUCAGGCACUGAUAUCCCUAUCAAACCUCGAACUUCUUGAUCUCUCUGACAAUGAAUUUUCUGGUCCAAUCCCAUUACAGUUCUGGAAGCUCAAAAACCUUGAAACCCUCAAUCUAAGCUUCAAUCUUCUCAAUGGAACCUUGUCUGCUCUUCAAAAUCUUAAAAACUUGAAAAAUCUAAGGCUUGGGUUUAACAGCUUUUCAGGCAAGUUGAACUCUGCGGUCUCCUCUUUCUCAAGCCUUCAAAUAUUAGAUUUGGGUUCGAAUCUUUUCACAGGAGAAAUCCCUGAGCAGUUAUUGCAACUAUCUGAAUUGCAGGAGCUGAUUUUAGGAGGAAAUGGAUUUUCUGGUCCAAUUCCAUCAUCCAUUGGAAACCUUUCGGAUCUUCUUGUUCUGGAUCUUGCUAAUGGCUUCCUCUCUGGUAGCCUCCCCAAGUGUAUUGGAUCACUGAAAAAAUUGCAGGUGUUAGAUAUUUCCAACAACUCGAUCACAGGACCAAUUCCCCCUUGUAUUGGGGAUAUGACUGCACUAAGAGAUCUUCGGAUUGGAAACAACAGAUUUGCAAGUAGAAUUCCUCCUGAAAUUGGCACUCUCAAAAACCUGGUUAAUCUGGAAGCUCCCUCUUGUACUCUCCAUGGUCCAAUUCCAGAAGAAAUAGGCAAUCUACGAAGUCUCAAGAAACUUGAUCUUUCUGGCAAUCAGUUGCAAUCACCAAUCCCCCAAUCCGUUGGGAAUCUGGGGAACCUCACUAUUCUUGUCAUCAAUAAUGCAGAAAUAAAUGGGACCAUUCCCCCAGAACUGGGCAAUUGCCAGAAGCUAAAGACCGUUAUCCUGAGUUUCAAUGAUUUGCAUGGGGUUUUGCCAGAUAACCUCAGUGGUUUAUCAGAAUCAAUCAUCUCUUUCAGUGCUGAACAGAAUCAGCUUGAAGGGCAGAUUCCAUCUUGGCUUGGCAGGUGGCUCUUUGCUGAGUCUAUUCUCUUGGCAUCAAAUCAGUUCCAUGGAAGGAUCCCAUCACAAUUAAGCAAUUGUUCAUCCCUGUCGUUUCUCAGUCUCAGCCAUAAUCAAUUAUCAGGCACCAUUCCUUCAGAGCUUUGUAGUUGCAAAUUCUUGUCUGGACUUGACCUCGAGAAUAAUCUCUUCACUGGGUCAAUUGAAGAUACAUUCCAAAACUGUAAAAACCUUUCCCAGCUUGUUCUUGUCCAGAACCAGCUUACUGGAACUAUCCCUGCGUAUCUAUCUGAUCUUCCACUUCUAAGUCUUGAACUUGAUUGCAACAAUUUUUCAGGAGAAAUUCCUGAUGAGAUAUGGAACUCAAAGUCCCUACUAGAGUUCAGUGCUGGUUUCAACUUUCUUCAAGGCAGGUUGUCUUCAAAGAUUGGCAAUCUGGUGACCCUUCAACGCCUUAUCUUGAAUAAUAAUAGAUUGGAAGGCAGAGUUCCAAAGGAGAUCAGAAACUUGGGGAGCUUAUCAGUACUCUUCCUAAACCAAAACAAGCUAUCAGGCGAAAUACCUCCUCAAUUAUUCCAAUUAAGGCUUCUGACAAGCUUGGAUCUUGGGUAUAAUAAAUUUACAGGAAGUAUUCCAUCCAACAUUGGGGAGCUGAAAGAGUUGGAGUUCCUGGUACUUGCCCACAACCAACUAUCCGGCCCACUUCCCAUUGGGAUAACAGAGGGUUUCCAGCAAUCAUCAAUUCCAGAUACAAGCUAUUUACAGCAUCGUGGAGUUUUAGAUCUCUCCAUGAACAAGUUUUCUGGCCAGUUACCUGAAAAGCUUGGAAAGUGCAGUGUGAUUGUUGACCUGCUGCUUCAAAAUAACAACUUCACUGGAGAAAUCCCAGGAUCAAUUUUCCAACUCCCAUCUGUCAUUUCAAUCGAUCUUUCGUCAAACCAACUGGAAGGGAAGAUACCUACUGAGGUAGGAAAAGCACAAAAGCUUCAAGGUCUGAUGCUGGCACACAACAACCUUGAAGGAGGCAUUCCUUCGGAGAUUGGCAGUCUAAAAGAUCUAGUAAAGCUUAAUCUAUCUGGAAAUCAGUUAUCUGGUGAAAUUCCUGCUUCAAUUGGCAUGCUACAAAGCCUUUCUGAUCUGGAUCUAAGCAACAAUCAUCUGUCUGGUUCAAUUCCUUCUUUCUCAGAAUUGAUCAACCUUGUUGGCCUUUACCUACAACAAAAUAGAAUAUCAGGUAACAUUAGUAAACUACUCAUGGAUAGCUCAAUGUGGCACCAAGUUGGCACUUUGAACCUGAGCUUAAACAUGUUAAAUGGUGAAAUUCCAAGCUCUAUUGCAAAUCUGUCAUACCUGAUUUCCUUGGAUCUGCAUAGAAAUAGAUUCACUGGCAGUAUAACCAAAUACUUUGGCCAUCUCUCACAACUUCAGUACCUGGACAUUUCUGAGAACCUCCUCCAUGGACCGAUUCCACAUGAGUUAUGUGACCUUGCUGAUCUAAGAUUCUUGAACAUUUCAAACAAUAUGUUACAUGGAGUCUUGGACUGUUCUCAAUUUACAGGAAGAUCUUUUCUGAACACCAGUGGCCCUUCUGGAUCUGCAGAAGUAGAGAUCUGCAACAUCAGAAUCAGUUGGAGAAGAUGCUUCCUUGAAAGGCCAGUAAUCUUGAUAUUGUUCUUGAGCACUACCAUUUCCAUUCUAUGGUUAAUUGUUGUCUUCUUCCUAAAGAGGAAAGCCAUAUUUCUGGAUAACAGGAAGUUUUGUCCUCAGAGCAUGGGAAAGCACACUGAUCUCAAUUUUAACACAGCUGUCAUUUUGAAGCAGUUUCCCCUUCAGCUGACAGUCUCAGAAAUUAUGCACAUCACAAACAAUUUCUCCAAAGCCAAUGUCAUAGGUGAUGGAGGAUCAGGUACGGUUUACAGAGGGAUCCUCCCUAAUGGGCAGUUGGUUGCCAUCAAGAAGCUUGGGAAGGCAAGAGACAAAGGAAGCAGAGAGUUCCAAGCAGAACUGGAUGCAAUUGGGAGAGUGAAGCACAAGAAUCUGGUUCCGCUGCUGGGAUAUUGUUCUUCUGGAGAUGAAAAACUAUUGAUAUAUGAAUUCAUGGCAAAUGGUAGUUUGGAUUUCUGGUUAAGAGGUAAGCCUAGAGCUUUGGAAGUGCUGGAUUGGACUAGAAGGGUAAAAAUAGCAAUAGGAACAGCGCAAGGGCUUGCUUUUUUGCACAACAUUGUUCCUCCAGUCAUUCACAGGGAUGUCAAGGCCAGUAACAUACUUCUGGAUGAAGAUUUCCAACCUCGGGUUGCAGAUUUUGGACUUGCAAGGAUUCUGAAAGUCCAUGAAACCCAUGUGACCACUGAAAUUGCAGGAACAUAUGGAUACAUUGCACCAGAAUAUAUUCAAAACUGGAGAUCUACAACGAAGGGGGAUGUGUACAGUUUUGGAGUGAUUAUGCUAGAAAUGGUCACAGGAAAAGAGCCAACUGGUUUGGGAUUUAAGGAUGUGGAAGGGGGGAAUUUGGUGGGUUGGGUCAAGGAGAUGGUGGGGAAGGACAAGGGAGUAGAGUGCUUAGAUGGGGAAAUUUCCAAGGGGACUACAUGGGUGGCUCAGAUGCUUGAGCUGCUACAUCUGGGUGUAGACUGUACCAAUGAGGAUCCAAUGAAGAGGCCUUCCAUGCAGGAGGUGGUUCAGUGUCUUGAACAUGUUGCAAUGAAGAACUAGGAUCCACAAUGGUGUUAUGAGGGCAAUAUCAAUGUUUGUUCCCCUGUGCUAUCUUUAUCUGAAAGAAGAUGAAAUGGACACAAGGGUUUGGUCCCUGGUAAUGUACCUUUUGUAAUGAAAUGUGCUCUAAUGAAAGUGGAUAUUUAUCCUACAA